AUGGACAAGUUUAAGACUGUUCUGAACAUUGCAGGCAAACAGACCAACCUUGGUUUUGGCCUGAUAGCUCUGCUGACAGCGGGAGGAGAGCAGAUAUUCUCUGCAGUGGUAUUUAAGUGUCCCUGCAACGAGCUGAACUUCGUCUAUGGGUUGGUGUUCCUGCUGGUGCCGGCUCUGGCUCUGCUGCUGCUGGGUUACAUCCUCAGUAAGAAAACGUGGAAGCUGCUGACGGGUCUGUGCCAGCAUACGGGCAAGCUGUUGUGCUGCAAGAAGCUGGCAGCCGCUGGUGUGGUCCUCUUUCAGAUCGGCACCUUUGCGUUUGUUGCGCCUUCUACUUGGAUAGCUGUAGCUUUACUCAAUGGAAACUACUACGAGUGCGCCAUGACGGGUACCAAUGUGAGCAUUUACAACAAACACGUGUGCAGAGAUCCAGACUCUAAGAUCCAGUGUGAGAAGGAGCUGCACAGGUUCCCGUGUGGGAAAAGCGUCAGUGUACCUCAGGCUGUCAGAGAAGAUGUUCUGCUGAAUCUCCGAGCUGAGUCUCAGGUACGUGAAACGCUCUGCUGCUUUUCACACUCGUGUGAAAGAGAUCUUUAG